ACAGUCCAUUCAUUUUUCAUAUCUAUUAAUGGAUUUACAGUGCAUUGUUUCUUCCUCCUUGCAAACCAAAACUCAAAGAAACAUUAAGAUCACUCCACCAUGGACACAGACUCAUCAAAAGUUUACAACAAAUUGCUUCAAACUUAGAUUAAAAUACUUUCCUUGUGUGUGCCAAGGAUAUAAUCAAAAGCAUCAGUUGUUGAUUUCUAGAAAAUGCUAUGCAAAAAAGGCUAAGAAAAGUCUUAUUCAAUUGGAAGAAGAAGAAGAGCCCAUCAAAGUUGUUGAGAAUGAGAAGGGAACUGUUGCAGGCGCAGUUGCUCUUGUUAUCUGUACUAGUAUCGGUUCAGGGAUUCUUGCUCUUCCACAGAAAGCUUCUCCUGCUGGAAUUCUUCCAAGUUCGAUAUUGUUGAUAGUAUGCUGGGGAUUUCUCCUAAUUGAAGCCCUUAUACUUAUCGAAAUCAAUGUGAAUUUGCGUAGAAAGAUGAGGAAAAAAGAGCAAGAGAAUGAAUUAGAAGUCAUCUCUAUAAGGACUAUGGCUCAAGAGACACUGGGAGACUCGGGUGGAACUUUAGCCACCAUUACCUAUGUUUUCUUGGGUUACACUUCCAUGAUUGCAUAUUGUUCCAAGUCUGGUGAGAUCCUUUUUCAUCUCAUCAAUCUUCCUGAAUCAGCCUCAGGCUUCUUAUUCACUGCACUCUUCACUCUGCUUAUCUCCAUUGGUGGGACGCAAACAACCGAUCAAGUUAAUCAGUGGCUCACUGCUUCCAUGAUAGGUUUGUUAUUAGCAAUUGAGGUGGUGGCAGUUGCUUUUGGAGGAUGGUCAGGAUUGGAUGGAAGAGGGGAUUGGGGAAAAGUUCUAGCUGUAAUUCCUGUGAUAAUUUUUUCUCUGGUUUAUCAUGAUCUAGCACCACCUCUUUGUGCUUAUUUGGGUGGUGACCUUGCACGAUUGAGGGCUUCAGUUUUGCUUGGUAGCCUAGUACCAUUGCUAGCAUUGCUCAUUUGGGAUGCCAUUGCACUCGGCCUCUCAGCUCAGACUAACCAAUUUGUUGAUCCUGUUGAAUUGCUUAUGAGGGCGAAAUGGAGUGGUAUUUCAUUCAUGGUAGAAGCCUUUUCACUUCUGGCAGUAGGAACAUCAAUAAUAGGGACUCUCCUUAGUUUCUCAGAGUUCUUCAAGGAGCAAUUAAAGAGACUCUCCUGGCAUUCUCCCUUUCCACAAGUGCCAAAGGAGUCAGAGGCCUUCACUGGGCUGAGGAACUGGUGGGGGAGGAAUGAAAUCAGCUUCACUGCAAUGGCAAUGGUUAUUGCUCCAACGCUCUUCAUCUCAACAACUGUUCCCGAUGCAUUCUCAGCUGCCACAGACAUUGCUGGGGGCUACUGUAUGACAAUGCUAUAUGGAGUUCUACCUCCGGCAAUGGCAUGGGCAUUGCAUAGUGAGCAACCACAGGAUGCUGAUAGAAAGACAUUAUCAAGUGUAAAGCCUUUAGUUUUUGGCGCAGGACUACUAGCAUGUUGUAUUAUGGUGGAACAAAUCUUUCGGGAUUUUUCUGCAUUUCAUUCGUAGAAAGGAUAAACUAAUGAAAAUAUUAAAUGUAAGGUGACUACGAAACUGAUUAAAGAAUGGCACUGCAGAUUGUAUGA